GGCUUAAGCCUUUUUGCUAGACUAACUUCUCACAUCAAAAUGAUAAACCAAUCUCCAGAAAACAAAACACACUUUCUUCUUCUGCGUAGACAUUGCUGAACACAUCAUUCGCAAAUUUAUACCUUCUCUCUCACACAGAUCAUACUCCUCCAAUGGCCGCCAUCAUUUCACGAAGGUUAAGGUUAACUUCCUCCAUCCUAAAACCCUCUCAUUUCCCACCUCCAUCAUCACCUCCAUCAAACCCUCAAUCUCCAAUCUUUGAACCCUUAACCCACAACUCAUCUUCUUCUUUUUUCACCUUUCAACACUUCUUCUCCCAAUCCACAACAACCCCUCCAAAACCCACUUCCCAUUUCAAUCUCACUCCCUUCUCAUCACACAAAGUUUCAAACUUUUACCCUAAACCCAUCUUUUUCUCAACCAACGACCCAUCAUCAUCAUCAGAUUCUGAUAAAGCCUCAAACCCAAACCCAAACCCAAACCCAAGCCCAUACCCAAGCGAAAAUCCAAACUUCAAACACCAAGAAAUCGAAGGACCAACAGUAGAACGCGACCUCUCCCCCCUCGCCAACGAGACACGACAGAUUCUAGAAACAAUGAUGAAGAACAUCUACGGAUUAAGCAGGGUUGUCGCAUUAAUGGGCCUCGUUCAGCUCGGUGUUGGAGGUUGGAUCACAUACGUGACUAGAUCUUCGCCUAUCACCGAAGUUUCUGUGCAAAGCUUAUUGGCUUUUGCGUUUCCGUUUUCUCUGGCGUUUAUGCUGCGUCAAUCGUUGAAACCAAUGCGGUUCUUUAAGAAGAUGGAGGAACAAGGUAGGUUGCAGAUUCUGACACUUACGUUGCAAGUUGCUAAGCAAUUGAAUGUUUUGUUUGUUAGGGUUAGAGGGAUUUCUUUUGUUUGUGUUGUUGGUUUGUCUGCAGGUUUGGUUUUUGCUGUGUUUUCUAGAUGAAGUUGUUUUGGUUUUUAAUAAUCAAUUUGGGGAUAUAAGGUUUCAUUCUAGUGUAGUGGCCAUGUUGAAAUGUGAAAUGUUAUAGGUAUAUAGAUGUUUUGAGCUAUCAAGCUCGGACACUAGAAACACGACAAUGUCGACACCAUUAAUAAUUUGAAAGAAUGAAUCACAAAUUUUUGUGUCGGUAUCAGACACCAACG